ACAGUUGAUGUACGCCUCUUGCAAUUUCUGCACAUCAGACCUGGUGCCUGACGAUUGACAUGGGUACAGCAUUGUGAGCUUGCAUUGUAGGACAUGCCAACAGUGUUGCGUCUUCCUUCAUUGACGACGUUUUGCUGUUUUGUUUACUGCAGUGGUGGUGGUGUAUGAUCCGGAGAAGAAGUCAGAGCACUAUUGCUUGCUGCAAACCAUGUGAAGCAAUGUGGGUCAACUUGUGGGUGUGUGUGUGUAGAGGAGAGGAAUGCACGUUUUAUGAUAUGCAUAGUCUCACCGCUGGGGAGAGAAAGACUGCAGUGAAAGACGGCGUGGUGUUUGAGAGAGAGAGAUAGGAAGAAGAAGUAGAACCAUGGCUGCUCUUGUGCAAGGGUCGGUUUGCUCAGCCCUCGCAUGCCCACAGAGAACGAAUCGUUUUGCUGAUCGAAGCGAGAUUGUCACGGAAUGCCUUGUGAGCAAAAGUUCUUUCUUGACAGGAGCGCGUUUGAAGACUUGCUGCAAAGGUGGUCUGCGUUGUUCUUCUCGCACUGAUGUGCGUCUUCGUCCAAUGAGGUGUGGUCCAAAGAAACCAUCAAAACCAGGGGAUCAAUCGAACUCUCCAGAAUCGCCGAGGUCAUCCUUUUCCAAAGGGGACGCGGCCACAGAUCCUGAAGGAAUUGUUUCACGAAUCAAGUAUCACGCAAAUUACUCGUCAAUGUUCAACCCGUUCAAAUUUGAGUUGAAACAAGCCUACUUCGCUGCAGCUCAUAGUGUGAGGGACUGUCUCAUUCAGAGAUGGAACGAUACAUACAAACAUUUCAAGACGACAAAUGCCAAGGCAGUCCAUUACCUCUCAAUGGAGUUUCUGCAGGGCAGAGCCUUGACCAAUGCUAUUGGAAAUCUUGAGCUGAAGAGCGAAUACGCCCAGGCCCUUCGCAAGCUCGGGCAUGAUCUUGAGAAUGUCGCUGAGCAGGAGCCAGAUGCAGCCCUUGGCAAUGGAGGACUUGGAAGGCUGGCAUCAUGCUUCUUGGACUCUUUGGCCACGCUCAACUAUCCUGCCUGGGGAUACGGAUUGCGCUACAAGUAUGGUCUUUUCCAUCAAGAAAUAGACAAGGAUGGUCAACACGAAGUUGUCGAAAAUUGGCUGGAGAUGGGUUACCCGUGGGAAAUUGCAAGACAUGACAUAUGUUAUCCGAUCAAAUUCUUCGGUAAGACGUUCGAGACUUCUGGCGGAAAGGAGUGGAUUGGUGGAGAGGACAUCGAAGCUGUUGCAUACGAUGUGCCCAUUCCUGGAUACCAGACCAAAAACACCAUUUGCUUGCGACUAUGGUCGACUAAAGUUAGUCCACAAAAUUUCGACUUGGAUGCAUUCAAUGCAGGUGACUACGACAAAGCGGCUGCGCUUCGAAACAACGCACAAAGGAUCUGUCACGUGUUGUAUCCAGGGGACGCAACCGUGGAAGGGAAGCUGCUGCGAUUGAAGCAGCAAUACACACUCUGCUCAGCUUCCAUACAAGACAUGAUUGCUCGCUACAAGGAGUGGUCGGGAACCAAGGUAGACUGGAACAAAUUCUCUACGAAAGUGGCGAUUCAAAUGAACGAUACACACCCAACCCUCUGUAUUCCUGAAUUGAUGCGCAUUCUCAUGGAUGUCGAGGGUCUUUCAUGGGAUCAAGCUUGGGGCAUUACUCGAGCGACGGUGGCAUACACAAACCACACAGUUCUUCCGGAGGCCCUGGAGAAAUGGCCCAUGCCUAUUCUCCAAACACUGCUACCACGGCACGCCGAGAUCAUUGAGAGGAUUGACAAGGAGUUCAUCAAGAGCCUUGCAAAAAUGGAGAGGGGGACAAAACUCGAGGAGAUGGUUGCUCGCAUGAGGGUGCUUGAAAACGUCGAACGUGACGAAGGCUCAAAAAAGGCAUUGGAGAAGCCAAAUCCUGCCGUAGUGAAGCCUUCAGUUGAACCUUACGAGGAUGUCAAGGCUAAGAGAGACGGAACUAAAAAAGCUUCAAUAGACAAAAAGACACCAGUGAAACUUGAGGUGAUGGUGCGAAUGGCCAAUUUGAGUGUGAUUGCAGGGAACAAAGUGAAUGGCGUUGCGGCCAUUCAUAGCGAAAUCUUGAAGAACGAAGUCUUCCGAGACUUCUACAAGAUAUGGCCAGGAAAAUUCCAGAACAAAACGAAUGGGGUAACGCCUCGCCGCUGGCUAGCAUAUUGCAACCCUGAACUUAGUGCAGUCAUCACCAAAUGGCUGGGAAGUCGGGACUGGGUACUUCAUGCCGAGCUGUUGGCUGGACUUCGGAAGCACACGACAAACCAGGAUUUCCUGAAGGAAUGGAGGCUUGCUAAGUAUGUCCGAAAACAAAAACUGGCAGGUUUCAUUAAGGAAAGAACUGGUUACGUGGUCAACCCGAACUCUAUGUUCGAUAUACAGAUUAAGCGAAUUCACGAGUAUAAAAGGCAGCUCAUGAACAUCAUGGGAGUGAUCCACCGGUACCUGAAAAUGAAGGACAUGAACCCCAAGGAACGCGCUGUGAAAUACGUACCGAGGGUUUGUAUAUUUGGUGGAAAAGCUUUUGCCACGUACUUGCAAGCGAAGCGCAUUGUGAAGCUUAUCAUAGAUGUGGCUGCAGUAGUGAACGAAGACCCUGACAUCGGAGAAUUGUUAAAGGUCAUAUUUGUACCUGAUUACAAUGUAAGUGCGGCAGAGAUGCUCAUUCCGGCAAGCGAUCUCUCCCAGCACAUAAGCACGGCAGGGAUGGAAGCUAGUGGAACGAGCAACAUGAAGUUCGCCAUGAACGGCUGCGUGCUGAUUGGAACCCUGGAUGGAGCCAACGUUGAGAUCCGAACAGAAGUCGGCGCAGACAACUUCUUCCUGUUCGGCGCAACUGUGGAUCAGAUUCAAGGUUUCAGAUCUGAGCGAGCUGCCGGCAAGUUCACUCCUAGCAAGGCAUUUGAAGACGUGAAGAAGUUUAUCAGAAGUGGGGCGUUGGGAAAGUACGACUAUGCAGACAUGCUGGAAUCGUUAGAGGGAGACGAAGGAUUCGGAAAGGCAGACUACUUCUUGGUUGGAAAGGACUUCCCCGACUAUGUCGAAUGCCAGGAGAGGAUCGACAAGGCUUACCGGAACCAAGAGAGUUGGACGAAGAUGUCGAUCCUCAACACAGCUGGGUCCUCCAAGUUCAGCAGCGACCGCACUAUCCAUGAGUAUGCGAAAGAGAUCUGGGGAGUAAAACCAUCCCUGGUGCCAUAACCUGCACACAACCAAACUGAUCACAAGUCCUCGCAUCUCCUACUGAGGCCGAAUCUACAGCUCGGCAUUCCAUUGAUUUACAGUCACGGUGACGCUGAUCAGAACCAGCUGGUCUUUUGUACUGAGAAUGCCGUUCAAACCAUAACGUUCAAAACAUCACUUCAUCUUCUUCUUGAAAUUUUGUCUUUGUUAUUUUGAUUUGAGUAUUUGGAAUAGAACAUAGGUUUAUAGCAGAACACAUCGAAAUAAAAUUUGUAGCUAAUGAAAACAACAUGCUAUCCUUUUGGAUGAUGAAAGGAUGAUGAAAAGAUCUGUCAUUUGAUGAAUCAAUUGAUGUGUCAAUUGAUGUGUCAAUUGAUGUGGCAAUGGGUGUCAUUGAUGUCCAAUGGAUGUAGUCUCCUUUAGUUUAGUAGGUUUCACCUAAUCCUUUUGUGUUAGUUGAUAUUGUUUGAGGAUUUAGGUGGAGAAGCCCACUUAACUUGAUAUUUUUGUCAAGUCCUGUGAGUGUUUUUAAGAGAGAAAACUUAUAGUUGUAAGAUUUUGCUUGGCUAUAGUGAUUCAGCAAUUAAGUAAACUUUAGGAUUUUCUAUA